GCGCGACACACAAUCACACGCUUACGCCGAGCAAACCAAGAAUCCAAGGGUACGCGCCGUGUGAGCCGCAGGUUUUCCCGUCUCUGGCGCUGCCCCUCGCCUGUCCUAUAUGAGCCCGCGGCGCGGGCUUUACACCUUGUGUUUUCUGUAAGACUGUAACACUUGAGCCUGUCACUCCGAGAUGACUAGCAGAGCGUCAGUGACGGCGGGAGCGCGCGUCGUCGCAGUUGUUCUGGCCGCGGCCGUCGUGGCGGUCGGCGGGCAGCUAAUGCCGGGGUUCUACGACGCGACGUGCCCGGGGCUGCCGUCCUUGGUGCGCCGCGGCAUGGCGCAGGCGGUGCAGAAGGAGGCGCGCAUGGGCGCCUCCGUCCUCCGCCUCUUCUUCCACGACUGCUUCGUCAAUGGGUGCGACGCGUCCAUCUUGCUGGACGACACGGCCAACUCCCCUGGCGAGAAGAACGCCGGGCCGAACGCCAACUCGGUGCGCGGCUACGAGGUCAUCGACGACAUCAAGGCGCACGUCGAGGCCUCCUGUAAAGCCACCGUCUCCUGCGCCGACAUCCUCGCCCUCGCUGCCCGCGACGCCGUCAACCUGCUCGGGGGCCCGAGCUGGACGGUGCAGCUGGGCCGGCGGGACGGCCGCGACGCGAACCAAUACGCGGCGAACCAGAACCUGCCACCGCCAGACGCGACGCUCCCGGACCUCCUGGCCCGCUUCCGGUCCAAGGGCCUGGACGCCCGCGACCUCACCGCGCUCUCGGGGGCCCACACCGUCGGCUGGGCCCGCUGCGCCACCUUCCGGGCCCACGUCUACAACAGCAGCGGCGCCGCCAUCGACGCCGCAUUCGCCGCGGGGCUGCGGGCCAGGGCGUGCCCGCCGGCGGGGGGCGGCGGCGACGGCAACCUGGCCCCGCUCGAGCAGCGCGCGCCCGCGGCCUUCGACAACGGCUACUUCAAGGACCUCGUCGCCCGCCGCGUGCUGCUGCGGUCCGACCAGGAGCUCUACGGUGGCGGCGGCGGCGCAACGGACGCGCUCGUGCGGGCCUAUGCUGCCGAUGGGGCCGCGUUUGCGGCAGACUUCGCCGCGGCUAUGGUGAAGAUGGGCAGCCUCGCGCUCACCGGGAACAGCGGCGAGGUCCGGCUCAACUGCCGCAGAGUGAACUGAUCGGAUCCAUCCAGUUGAAUCAAACUGAUGGAUCGUUUGAUUCUUUAUGUACUCUUCGCAAAAAGCACCAAUUGUUAAGCCUCUUUUGACAAAUAAAGAAAGCAAAAAUUAGCGAUUUCAGUUUCAAA